CGUGAGCUCGUCAUUCUUUCAUCACUCAUGCCUUGGGGGAUAAGUUAAUCGGGGAGACCACCGCUCGUAAGUGCGUAAGAGAGAUGCGAACAAGUCGCACUUACGCGCACUUACGGGUGAUGGGUAACCCGAUCCCGGUUGACGUCGACUCCUACUUCAGUGAGGGGCUGACUACGGGCGUUAGCCAAGACGUGAUUGGCGAGUCCGAGUGGUAUGGAAACAUGCGUCCGAACAGAAAUCUGGAGCCAACUGAUCAGGCUGUUCCUGUCGUUGGCCCUGCCUCUCUUGCUGGGGCCGGGGGGAUUGCGGUUGCGGYUGUUGUGCAUGUGACGGGUGUUGUUCGAGCAGUGAAAAGACAGAUCCAGACGUCUGAGGGGCGGCUUAGUUUCCAUUCUUGGCUAAGUAUGUAUUCUGCUAAUUGUACCCAGUAUGUUUCUUCUCCUGCCAAAAGGGCUUUGAUUGGCCAUUUUGCAAGGAUGGAAGAAGCGGCCACUGGAAAAAGAAAGGAGAAGACGGUGCAAGGAAAGGACGAUGAGGGCCGUGCUGCGUUCAUCAAAGAUGCCAGAAAAGAUCUGCGUGGUUUGACCAAGGAUGCUUUGACUGCUAUCUGUGAGAAAGAGGGAGUGAAGUAUGCCGGAGUUAAGCAAACUGUGGAAGACAUCAUUUCUCAUCGUGUCAGUAAGGCCUUCCCAUCGACCGCGAACCGGAAGCGAUUCGCCCUUGCACGCGCAAAAGAUCAGAAGGCGAAGGCUUCGACUUCGGAGGAAAAGGCGGACGUCACCCCUGACCCCAUCCGAGUCGGAUUGAUACAGAAAGAUGACCACUUUCUUCGGAUGAAGCCGAUUCCGUGGARGUCAGYCGAAUGUGAUAUUGAAGUCUGGGGAGUGCCGUAUAGUGCGAUCAUAGAUUCUGGAGCGGCUGUCCUAGCGAUAUCACUCCGAGUAGUCGAGAGAGCGGGUAGGAAGAAUGAUUUGAUUAUGCUAACCGAGAAGGACCAGCUCAUAUCGGCUGACGAGGAGAAGAUCAAGACAGUAGGACGAAUGACGAAUGUCACGUUCCGAUGGGGAAAAGUGCAUGCUUUAGGAGAUGUUGUAGUGCUGGAUGUGAAUACGUAUGACGUUCUUUUCGGGCUUCCUGCAUUGGUGGCGCUGCGUGCUAAUGUAAACUUCAAACGCCGAUCCGUCACUCUCCGGAAUACCGGGGGAAAGCCGUAUGUAAUACCCAUGAGACUAACUCUUCGAACGUCGGUUAAGGUAGUUCCCCGAAUUUCUCCGGAAACAAUGGGAGAGCUCCGCAUGAUCUCCUGGAGUGCACCUGUGGACGGAGGCCACUCAUCGAACGAUGCGGGGAGCAACGACGAUGACGAUCCAGUCGUUACACAGUUAGUAUGGCAGCUGAUUCACUACCCGCCGCCUCACACUAUUCCGCGUACCAUGCAUCUAGCUGCACGGAAUGCUCCUAUGAUGAUCAUGGGAGAACCCCUCGUACAGAUUUCGAGGCUGGUUGAUUCCUUCGAACCCCCUCGGACCCUGUACGAAGGCGUAUCUCCCCUUCUCCUUUGGUAUAGUGACAAACGUUCCUUUUGUGAUCUCACUGGCUUACCUCGAUCCCUGCUUCAGCCCGCAAAAGAGGUUCAGUUGUUGCGUUUGGGAGCCGAAGCAGGUUCUUUGGAACCCCCUCAGCGCAUCGAGGCAAGAUCCGAUGCACUCGGGAUCAAAAUCUCGCCCAAACGCGUGCCCUGGCGAGACAUCUGCGACGGGAUAACCCCCGAAGGUCAUACAGCGAUCAGGGAGGAGGAAGCACAGAUGGUGGCCACUGUGUUUUCUUGGAGAUCGGAUCACGCGUUUAGAUUUGCACCGCCUGGCACUACUCGGCGUAUACACACGAAGCAGGUUAACAUUCGGAUUUUGGAUCAAAUGUAUGAAUUGCAUGUGCCCCAGUAUUGGGUUCGGUGCUCGAUGGGAAUCUGCAAUGCGCCUGCCAUGUUUCAGAGGGCGAUGAACGUGACUUUUCAGAAUUUCGUCAAUAAGACAUGGCUGACUCAGGGGAUGAUUAACUUUUGCGUCAUUGUGUACAUGGAUGACAUUCUGGUGUACUCGGACACGUCUCACGAACACGCGCAGCACAUCGAAUGGACGUUGGGUGUGUUGAGAGACGCAGGUUUCAAGAUUGCACUGGAAAAGAGCGAGUUUUUCCUUCCGGAAAUCUCGUUCUUGGGGUAUGUGGUGACACGAGGAGGCCUGCGGCCGGACUCUCGAAAAGUCGCGGCGGUCAAAGAGGCCCCGGUUCCGACCUCACUGACGCAGUUUAUUCUCAUCACCGACUGGCAGUUGGAGGCUAUCUCGGUCAUUCUGGCACAAAAGGGAAACGAUGGGAGGGAGCUUGUGAUCGACUACGCUUCCCGGAUGGUGUCAGACGAGCGACGAAACGAUUUCGCGCCACAAGGAGAAUGUUAUGGGGUAGUGUGGGGUAUCCAGCACUUCCAUCCGUAUUUGUACGGUCAAAAGUUUCUGCUCGUCACCGACCAUGAACCUCUGUUGGCUCUGAAAAAGCUAACCAACUACACGGGCAUGAUUGGACGAUGGGCAGUGCGGUUGCAAGAGUAUGAAUUUGACAUUGCUCAUCGAAAAACGGAGAGGCACGGCAACGCCGACGGACUGACAUGUUUGCACCGACCCGCGUGCGUGGAGGGCUUCCCAUCGAGAAUUYCGCCUUCACGGUUGGAUUAYUUGGAUCCGCGCRACAUCRUGGAUCCCGCUUUCUACAGACCRYCGUACGAGGAYGAAUUGSAGGAGAUAAUCCRCGAGGAGCUCGCGGAAGAAAGUUCGSAGGARGAGGAGGAGAAUCCRAACGAAGACGAAGGGGAGCCAGCACAGCAGCAAGAAGGAGAAGAAGACGAGCUCCUGCAAACGGAGAACGAAGAGGAAGCAGAAGAAGAAGACAGCGAGCAAGGGAGCGGUGACGGCAACGACGAGGAGCACGCCGACGAGGAUCCCCAGCUAGAAAUUGCGCCGGUUGCUGAUCUUCCGAUCAGCAACGAUCCAACGCUCGACCCGGAGCCACCUCAGCCAGACGACGGCGAUUGGAGAGGGAGCGGAGACAAGGGGCAGGGGCAGCGGGCAGUUUAUCGUGGGCGCAAGCUUUCAGCCUUUUCCCUGUAUCUGAGUUCAAAAAUCGUAACUCGGGUCCUCGUGUUUGAAGCUCCUGGACCGGGCCAGCGUAGUACGUGGACGGCUGGCAUGCCUCUCUCCUGUACAAGAAGAUGUUCGGCGGGUCGGCGAAACCCAGAGUGCAUUCGGCGAAGCGCUCGCCUUGCUGUGCUGCAUGUUCUGGACUUGUCAUCCGCACACGCCGAGAACUGCAUACUCGUGGCCUGCGGACACUUCACCCACGCAUCGUGCCGAGCAUUCUGGAGCACAGGAAGCAUCAGCGGAAUGCGGCCACCUCCAGGGCAAGAGAACAGAAGCAACACAUGGAGGAGACAAUCGCCAGCCUGGAUGGCAACUGCAAUGGCUAUAGUCUUCCAUAUCCAGCAACAAGAGAUGCUGCUAUUGUUGUUGAUUCUGGUUGUCCGCCUUUGGGUGAUUGCAAGGCGCAGAUUGAGUCAAAGAAUCACGUCAAUUCUAUUGUUGGAUGUGCAAAGUUUGGUGGCAGCCGAGGAGGCUGUUGUUGGCUCCACUCCUCGACGGUGGUGGCACGGGUGGGUGAAACCAAGAGCUGGCGGGGCAUGGCGAAACAUGGCGAGAGGCGAUGCCGCAGUGGAGGACUACUGGUUUGACAAUAUCCGGACGGACGAGGAAUCGAGGAUACAUUCCGCGACAUAGUUGGGGUGGUGGCGUGAUAUCUGGAACGGGUGCCAACUCACCGCCUGACCAGCUCGUGGCAUAUGCGUUGUAUAGGCGGG